UAAAUCGGUGUUCGGAUUUUUGUGCAGGAUACUGUACAUAUGAAAAGUUGAAAUCUGAGAAGAAGGCAGUAGACCACUAGGCCAGUAGCCAUUAGGUUACAUAGAAAAAAUGAAUCUUGCAACUGUAACAACUGCUGAAAACCCUUGUUCAAACCAAGGAAAGAUGACUUCUUUUUUAACAAAGAAACCAAAGGAAGACCAACCUAAUUGCUUUCAGUCAUUAUCUGCAAUAUCUCCCAUAACUAUCGAAGGAUUGACCAGCACUCAACCAGAGCCCCAGUCUUCUUCUAGUUCUAACUCUGAAUGUGAUGAAGACGAAGAGUCUGUCAUUGAGAUGGACACAUCUAAUUUUCAUCUCAGUCCCAGUAAUUAUAACAAAAAGAAGAAAGGCCGGUUAGUGUCAGUGAUAACCAAGAAAAAAUACAGAGAAAAUUUUGUCAAGGGAUGGCCCGAAUUCUGCGAUUGGUUGGAAAGACGAUUUCAUGGUGGCCGAGAUUGUUACGUUGCAUAUUGUAAAAUAUGCAACGAAUUCAAGACAAAUGGCCAAUCUGAGCUGCAAAAACAUUGCAAAAUGCCUCGUCAUCUUAGGUUUAAACCAUUACUGUCAGAGAACACAUCUCUUCGCGAAAUAAUGAAUUCUUUUACGUCUUCAACCCUUGGCAACCAAGUCGUUAGGAUGGAAGUUAAAUUAUUACUGUUUAUCGCCGAACACGAUUUUCCCCUUUCUUUGAUGGACAGUCUCUUAGUUGUUCUACGUUCCUGUUUCCCACGUGAUCCAAUUCUGAAACAACUCUCAAUGGGAAAACAGAAGAGUUCUAACAUAAUUCGAUUCGGAUUAUAUAAUAAUUUAUAAAAAGCCGCUUUAUUACAGAAAGAUGAUUUUAAUGCAGAAUCCGAAAAGGAUGUGACUGACAUGUCAGUAGAAGCAUAUCGGAAAAUAGUUUUAAAUGCGGAAAAAAACUCAAAAAAAUGUUCCCUAAUCUUGCCGUCUGCAUUAAAAUGAUCCUAUCUAUGCCAUGUAGCAAUGCAUCUAGCGAACGCGCUUUUAGUAUCGUGAAAAACAUCAAAACUAAUAAGCGCAAUUUGACGAUAUCCAGCCUCAUGCGGAUUAAAAACUGGUUAAAAACCCAAUCUUUUACUGCAAGCAACGCUGUGAUUUCCCAAAAAAUGAUUUCUACUGUCCAAGGUGUCAAAUCAAAUGCCCCAAUCAAUUCUUAUGUCGAACACGAAAAAUAAUUGAUUGAUAAUUGGUCUUAAUAAAGUCCACAUCUCUCAUUUUGUAA